AAGGUGUCAUCGCUUUAGGACAAUUAGAUGAUUGUUUUCUUUUUCCAGUAAGGCACAAUAAGAUCAUUGUUGAAAAGCACCUAAAGAAGGGGACUCCGUUUUCUAAAAUUUCAAAGAAAGUAUUGAGAACUUGAGAAAAAGAUAAGGAAGCAUGUUCUCAAUUUGAUAUCAUGUUGUUGGCCAUCCAUAUUCACCAUCAUAAAGUGUACUCAUAAGUCAUAACCCAAUUAGAUUGUUCCUUUUUAGAUUUGUCCUAAUGAAGGAUCUUAAUGUUAAAUACUAAGCUCUAAUUAGCCUCUAAUCCUCCAUGAAGUUCCCUUUGGGACUUUUCCCCAUAUUAGUCUUCAAAGUCAAAUAUAUUUCUUUUUUAUUAUCAUAUGGUAAGAAAAUCAAAUUGAUUUGAAAUCAGACGACUCAUGUUAGAUAAUAAUAAAAUCCGUUUUAAAAUUUUUUACGUCAAUUUAGAUAAGACAGUUAAAAUUGAAAAUUGGCGUUAAAGUUACAAAUUUAUUUUAAACUAUAAUAUAUAAGAACUUACACACUCUUAUCUCACAUCAUUGACAUUUGGUCACUCUUGCUUCUUCACUUUCUUCUCAGCAAUUGCCAACAUUUGCAAACUCAUUCUUUCUCUGUGAAAAGGGUAAGCAAAACUUUUGAAUUUACCUUAAAUAUCACAAAAUCUUCAAUUUUGCAUAUUCUUUCACAAUUUCAGAGAAAUUCAACAUCCCAACAUCCUUAAACACUUUGAUAUGUCAUCAGAUAUAAGCUAAAUCUUUGAAAUCUACCUUAAAAAGCAAAGGUGUUUGUUUAUAUGCACUUUAUUGUUAUGGCUAGUGGCAAAUUUUGUUGUGCUUGUAAUUUUGGUUUUCUAGUGUAGUAGAGGGUUUGGUUUUGUUUUAUUUAACUGUUGUGAAGUAAAGUUUGAAGCUUUUUUUGGUGGGGUGGUGGGAAUUUUGUGGUGUGAGUGAUGGGCUGGGAUUGUGUGGUACUGCAAACAGUUGGAAGAGAACCGCCAUUAAAACGGCGAGCAGGGUUGCGGAGGAAACAAGCUGGAAGAGGGUCUUACAGAGGAAGCUAGCUAGAGAAAGGUUAUUGAUAGGUUUUGUGUGAUUGGAGGGGUUUUCUUGUUUUUUGAGGACUAAUUUGAGGACCCUUUUUCUUGAGGGUGCUUUUGGGGUGUUAAAGUUUCUAACUUUUCAUAAGGAGGAGAAGAAGAUGGUUAACAAUUUGCACCAACUACUCAGAAGUCUUUGUUUCAAUACUCAUUGGAAUUAUGCAAUCUUUUGGAAGCUCAAACAUUGUGCUCCAAUGAUCUUGACAUUGGAGGAUGCUUACUAUGACAAUUUGGAUUAUGUUGACUCUUCAGAAAAUAAGUACUGUCAGAAGAACUUGGAACAGAUUGCAGGUGGGAAAUUUUCACAUGAUGCUCUUGGGUUAGCUGUGGCAAAGAUGUCAUAUAGUGCAUAUUCAUUAGGGGAAGGUAUUGUUGGACAGGUAGCUGUUACUGGAAAACAUCGGUGGAUCUGUGCAGAUAAUCAAGUUACAAGUUCUGGUUUGUCUCAGUUUGCCGAUGGGUGGCAAUCUCAAUUUUCUGCUGGAAUUAAGACAAUGGUUGUUGUGUCUGUAGUCCCACUAGGUGUCGUUCAGCUUGGUUCUCUAACAAAAGUGAAUGAAGAUAUAGGAGUUAUUAAUCAUAUAAGAAAUCUUUUUUUCUCUACUCAAGGUCAUUCAAUAGACCACAUUCCUAGUCAAGUAGAAAGUAAUUUGAAGAGCUCUUCAUCUCAGCCGGAUGUCUUGAAGGAAAAUUUGUCUUCAGAUAUUAUGGAUGUGUGCUUACAUGAUACCGAGAGACCUAUGAGGAAUGAAACAGUGGAUGUUUUGACGCCCCUUCAAUGUUUUGGGAGGAACAAUUCAACUCAUUCUGCUUAUUGGGAAAUGAGUGAUGAUAUGGUCAAGCAUGAAGGACGCGAACUCUAUAGUGAUGUGAGUCCCAUUUUGCUUCAGUCAAUGUCCGAUAUGAUUAAUGUGGAGCAUCAGGAAGGGUCUAGUAGUGUCUGCAAAAAUAUGAGAUUUGAAUCGGAACAAAUUCUAUCAUCAUUUUUGAACAAUUCUGCUAUAAAUAAUGUUGGCGUUAAUGAUUUAAUAUACCAACCAGAAAAGGCCAGAGUUGAUUCUGCAUGCUUUCCGACUGUUUCUAUUAAUGCAGAUAUUUGUGAAAGUGGUAAGUUGCAUUAUGUGGAUACACACCAAAAAGGGGUGUUUAUUUCCAAACCUUUAGAUGCUAACUCGCAUAAACAUACCAAAAAGUCGGAGUUUCAAAUUGGCUCUUGCGACAAGGAUACCUCAUACUUUCAACCUGAGCCGAUGAAGUUUCCGGCUGGCUGUGAACUAUAUGAAGCACUUGGACCAGCUUCUUUGAAAGGGAGUAAAUAUUUUGAUUUGCUAGCACAGGUUAAUCAAGAUAUGAACAUUGUGGAUAUGCCGGAUGCGAUUAACACUAGUCAAUUGACUUCGGAAUCUCUUCCAGAGCAUCUUUUGGAAGCAAUGGUGGCCAACAUUAGUCACAGUAGUAAUAAUGAUGUUAAUAGUGAAUUAUCCUUUGGUAGAUCAAUGCAAUCUGCAAUUAGUUCUGGAAAAACACCUGAAGCUUCUAUUCACAAUGUGCAUACUAUAGAUCAUCCUUCUCUUGUCAGAGAGGACAAACACCAUUGUUUGAGUUCAUCAUCAGGGAUAUGCGGUGUGAUGUCAUCUAAAGGUGUUUCUUCUACAUGUCCUAGUGCUUCUAGUGAACAACUUGAAAGGUCUUCAGAACCGUCUAAGAACAGUAAGAAGAGGGCUAGGCCUGGGGAAAGUUGCAGACCUCGUCCAAGAGAUAGACAACUGAUCCAAGAUCGAAUUAAGGAGCUAAGAGAGCUGGUGCCAAAUGGAGCAAAGUGCAGUAUUGAUUCACUACUGGAGCGUUCGAUAAAGCACAUGCUUUUUCUGCAAGGCAUAGCUAAGCAUGCUGACAAGCUAACUAAAUUUGCUGAUACUAAAUCAAAGUUGCAUCAUAUGCAAACAGAUAUUCUUGGAUCCUCUAGUUCAGAGCAGGGUUCAAGUUGGGCAGUGGAGGUAGGGGGUCAUCUGAAAGUUCAUUCAAUAUUAGUCGAGAAUCUGAGCAAGAACGGACAGAUGCUUGUUGAGAUGUUAUGCGAGGAAUGCAGCCAUUUUCUUGAAAUAGCAGAAGCCAUAAAAAGCUUAGGCCUUACAAUUUUGAAGGGUGUAACAAAAGCUCGUCGGGAUGAGAAGAUAUGUAUAUGCUUUAUUGUUGAGGGUGAAAACAACAGAAAUGUACACAGAUUGGACAUCUUGUGGCCGCUUGUUCAGAUACUGCAAUCCAAGAGUGUUGUGUAUCAACAGUAACUGGUUGAUUCGUGGAAACUUCAUGGCCCUUUAUUGGUCGCCAGAACGCAUUCUUGAUCUCUGAAAUGAUGAUCAGAAUUUCUUAUCCUUGUCGUGUUCAAGAUUCCGAUUUUUUUUUUUUUUGAGAAAAAGAUUCCGAUUGUUGUUUUUCUCAAGUUUGUUUGGAAUAUUUGAUUGUAUGUUUGUGUUUUACAUUGAAAGUAAUACAAUGUGUUGAUAACUUCUUAGUGACA